UACUAGCGCUGACAUCAUGUUUCCUAUAUUAGUUCAUAAACCCGUUAUCACUGCUGUUGGCGAACAAAAGAGCGUUGAGGAAAAUGUAAUAAUUUAUACGCUGUUUUAAAUAAAAUAAAACGUUGCAAUAGAAACCGCCUCCGGGUUUUUUGAAAUCGAUUCAAUCUUUAAUAUGUUUCAUGCUCUGUUGUAAUUUUAUUGGCGAGUGUGUGUAGAAGAAGAGUUAUAAAUACAAGUGUUUCGUAUAAUACAUAAUGAUCCGGUAAAGGCAUUUAUGACUAAUUCCAUAACUAUGAUAAUGUAAGUAACGCACGGAAAACAGAAGAAAAUGUUUUAAUGGAUAAAACAAUAUCUAAGAAUAAGUGGAAGUUAUAGACAUAGGUUUUAUUUACCCUUAAAUUGUUUGUGACGAUGGACGAUGGAAGAAAGUUGCAGUAUAUGGUGGCUUUUGCCGUAUCAUUAUUUACUACUACAAUGGGAAUGAUCAACUCCUGGACCUUAUCUAUGUUGAUGAAUUUUUGGUACAAUCAAACUAAUACCAAAAUUGAAGACGUCGAGGUUAAUUGGUUCUAUAGGAUGAUACCAAUCGGGCUAGUGGUUGGUUCAGUGGCGGCCGGAUAUCUAUGUGAUCGUUUUGGCCGAAGGACUACAAUAUUAAUUGCAGUGGUGACUUCAACGUGUGCAUCGGUACUUUCUGCCGUAGCGACCACAGCAUGGAUGCUGUUCAUGACUCACAUACUUUGGACUUCCUCUUGGGGUAUUAUGUCGAGUGCAGUGAACAUCUAUAUGGCAGAAAUAGUAGAUCCGGACAUCCGGGGUGGUCUCAUAGUAACAACCAGAUGCAUGUAUAAUUUCGGAAGUCUUUUAUCGAUUUGGAUAAAGCCUACAUCACCUAAAUUAUUAAAUGGCUGGCUUAUCGCUUUACCUAUAUUGUCUUUUGCUGCGAUAUACCCAAUACCGGAGUCACCCUAUUAUCUGUUAAAAGCGGGAAAAGAAGACGAGGCCAGAAAAGCGUUCAUGAGACUGCAGGAAAAUUUUGGUACUCAAGAAAUUGAACCUGGAUUUCAAAGAAUGAGGGUACAUGCUAAAUUGGAGUUGGAAAAUCCUAACACCUUCAUUGACUUUCUCAGCGAUAAUAUUUAUCGUAAAGCUGUGAUAAUAACGUUUGGUUUAGAAUUGAUAUUUCUUUUAUCGGGAACAACUGCGAUUCCAGACCACUUCCUUACUAUAUUGAGUGAAUGUAAGAUAAACUUUAGUCCUUGGAAAAUGUUGGUUCUGGAUGUUGUUAUCAAAAUUGUUAUUGUAUCUAUACUAACGUCGACUAUGGGUUUCAUUAAUACUUGGGCAACACCAAUGAUAAGGAAGUUUUGGCAGAAUGAAACCGAUUUUCAAUUUAAUGAUGAGGAUACAAAAUGGUUCUUCAAGAUAACACCAAUAGGAUUGUUGGUUGGAACUGUGUUUGCAGGAUACAUUUGCGACAAAUUUGGCCGACGAACUACAUUAUUAACUGCUACAGUGAUCGCUGCUUUUGGAUCGAUUUUUGCUGCUUUAUCAUCAGCAGCAUGGAUGUUGUAUGUAAUGCAGGGUAUUUGGACAUUCUCUUUGGGUAUAGUAUGGACUGUUGGAAAUAUAUAUAUGGCAGAAAUAGUUGACCCCGAUAUCCGUGGAGGUCUGACUUUGGCGACAAGAUUUAUGUUCCAUUUUGGAAGUCUUUUAAUGAUUUGGAUAGGAGAAAAGGUAUCUUACAGAGCUAUGAACAAUUGGAUUAUAAUUGCACCUUUGCUGUCCUUCGCAGCGAUUUACCCAAUACCAGAGUCACCUUAUUAUCUAUUGAAAGUGGGGAAGGAGGAACAGGCUAGAAAGGAAUUGUCUAGGUUGCAGGAAAACGUGGGGACUGAGGACAUUGAUACUCAAUUUGAAAAAAUGAAGAUGCAUGUCACAACGGAGAUGCAAAAUCCUAGUUCGUUUUUCAAAUUCUUUAGCAAUAAAAGGUAUCGAAAAGCUCUGAUUAUAACAUUCGGUUUAAUGUCGUUCUAUAUUUUGUCGGGAAGAGCUGUGAUGCAAGGUUUAUACCUCACAAUACUUAUAGAGGGGGACAUCAAAUUAAAUCCCAGAAAAAUGGUUGAUAUAGAUGUGGGGAUAAAACUUGGUAUUGGUAUACUCUCUGCAUUACUAGUGGACCGAGUGGGUCGUCGCAUUCUUCUCUUGUGGUCAUUCAUCGGGUGUAGCCUGUCAUUUGCCGUCAUUGCCCUAUACUUUGGAGUCCGAGAUUAUUAUACUGACAUGAUUCAAUCCAUUGGUUAUAUAACUUUUGCUGCUGUUAUUAUAUUUCACAUAUCAAACUCACUUGGUUUAUCCUCUGUUAAAGAUGUUAUAGAAGUGGAGUUAUUCCCUCUUAAUGUAAGAGUAAUGGCUGUUGUGACUCUUUAUGUAUUCGGAGGAAUUGAAUUUCCAUUACAUAUAGGUUUUACAAAAUUUGAGAACUCAUCUGGGCGCGUGAGUGUUUUUUGGACGCUUGCUGCAAUUGCAAUCCUUGGAUUUAUUUUUACAUGCUUCGUCCUACCUGAAACGAAACGUAAGAGUUUGAAAGAAAUUCAAGAGAUGCUUCGAGGUGAUGAUAAUGUAAGCGAACAAGAAAUGACAACAAUACAAGGGAGAACAGAGAGGUUUAGAGAAAGAGCUGCUUAGAGUAAAAUAAAAUAAUUGAAUUACAUAAAUUUGAUAUAAAGUAUUUAUCUUGAACUUUAAUAGCCGAUAUUCGCAGCUUACUUCCAAAGUCUAAGAUAUCGUCUAUUCACUGACACGAUCGUAAUACUGUCGUAAGCUCUAUUAUUUUUCCCGUUCAUUGUCCCUCAUGUUUGGAAUACGGUUUUUUUUAGUGCAAUAUAGCCUAUAAAAACCUCUUUAGAAAAGCUAUUAUUAAUGACAAUGAUUAAUUGAUAU